UAGCCCCAGUCUAUUUUCAGACAGGCAGACAGGACAUAGUUGAGCUCAUAGUCAAACUCAUUUAGUCUUAGUUGGAAAAUGGCUGAUCUACAUUCAGGUCAUGCACCAAAUAAUUAUAUGGGGCCUGUUUUAGCAAGAUGAGGUCUUGGUUUGAACAGCCAUGGAAGCGCCUGAAAGCCUGGGAAAUGGACGACAUAUUGAUGCCGAGAAUGUGACCAUUGAUCUGGAGGAAACAGAGGCAGGCUGGGUGAGAGUGCGAGUGGAGGAAAGCUGGUUCCCUCUUAAGAGGGAUUUUCUUAAAAGGCACAGCGACUAUUUUCAAGCUCUUUUUCGCUCCAAGAUGAAAGAAAGCCAAGCAGAGGAACUGUACCUGAGAGGGGGAGUGCAUGCAAGAGGUUUCCUCAUUGCUCUUACUGUAUGCAGGGAAGAGAACCCCACCAUCAGGGACCCAGAUGAACUUGUUGAAGCAGUAGAGUGCGCUGCUUUCCUGCAGAUCCCACCUUUGAUUCAGUAUCUUUGUGAUAUCAUAGACACUGAUAACUGCCUCUUGCUUUACCAUGCAGCUUCCAUCUUUGGAGUGCACAGACUGUUUCAGAGUGCUGCUCUGUUUCUGUGUGAUGCUUUUGAUGAUCUCAAGGAAGAAGCAGAAAGCGCAAUACCAAAAGAGCUGCUUGAGUAUGCUCAGAUGCUCUCCCCAGCUAGUUAUAUCGCUUUAGGAACCCAUACUCCAUCAAUGGAGCUGCUACAGGACUCUUUCAGAGUUGCUUGUUUCCUUGAAGAAAAAGAAGGGGAGUGGCGGCAUCUGUCAAACCUACCAACUGCUUGUAGUACCUCCCUGGCUGGGGUAGCAGUGCUUGACAAUCGGCUGUACAUUGUUGGAGGAAUCUACGGUUACCGGAAGGACACAGUGGACAGCAGUUUCUGCUAUGAUCCCGAUUCAGGGAUAUGGACAACUCUUCCAGGUCCACAGCAACCAAGGUACGACUUUACAUUGCUUGGGCAUGAAGGACAACUCUAUGCCAUUGCUGGAGAAGCUCAAAGCACAUUAAUUUCCAGUGCAGAAAGGUACAACGCCGCAAAGGGAGAGUGGAGAUUUAUAAAACAUGCACCCAGACCUGUGGCAUCUCCAGCAUCUGCCAUUGCUCGUCGACGAAUCUUUGUUUGCUUCUGGAAACCUCCUGACACUACAGACAUUUACGAGUACAUGCCACUGAAAGAUGAGUGGAAUCUCACCACCACCAUGAUCAGACCUCAAAGCUAUGGCCACUGUAUGGUGGCCCACAGGGACAAUUUGUAUGUGAUGAGAAACGGGCCUUGUGAUGAUUUUCUGCGCUGCCUGAUGGACUGCUACAACGUCACAAAUGGCCAGUGGACAGCCAUGCCCGGACACUACAUAAACAGCAAGGGGGCGCUGUUCACUGCAGUGAUAAGAGGAGACUCUGUGUUCACGGUAAAACAUAUGUUGACUCUUGAAUACACCAUCACAGUAGAUGGUUGGAAACCCCGCAGACAAAUGAAGGGAUUUCCAAAGAGUGGCUCUCUUUGGACUUGUCUACUCAGGCUCCCCAAAACUGGACCAGUUACACCAAAACCGGACGUGGAUGAGGGACAAAGAGAAAUUGCUUUGCCAGACAUGUCAGAGAGAUUUGCAGACAUUCUGCAGCAGAUGUGAAGUUAUUCCAAAAUAUAAUAAUGAUUAAAAGUCUGUGAGUAAAAAAUUGGAA